AGUUUGGUUAAUGAUUCCAACAUUCCUUAUUAUGCAUUUUUUUUCAGCAUACAGAUGAGAUGAGUAUGGUUAAGUGGAUGAGAAACAUCAUGACUUCUGAAAAUCCCACUCAAGCAAUUGAUCCAAAACUAAUCAAAAAUGGGUAUGAAGAGCAAAUGCUUUUGGUUCAGAAAAUUGCUUUCUUGUGCACUUUGGACAAACCAAAGGAGAGACCUGGCAGCAAGGAUGUUAGGUGUAAGCUGUCUCAGAUCAAGCACCAUUGAUGUGCCUGGCGGCUUUCUAUUUGAAUGGUGGUCUGUCUUUUGGGACAUAUUGAUUGGACAAAUGAGAAGCACUCUGAAGCUACUGCAUCUUACAUUGAGGUCUGUUUCAAGAAUAAUUACUCUGAAGCUAUUGCAUUCAUUGGAUGGUUGUUGGUCGUUUUUUUUCAUGAACUCUCAAAAUUUCUAUAGAGUUUCAUAAUUGCUUUCCAUCUGUAGGUGCUUAGCUGAUGAGACUGUAGUCCUUCUAAUUAUUCAUUGGUGCAAGGAAACUCUGAUUGUUCGGAAUAUGUUCUCAUGUGAACUGAUUUGGAUACCUUGGAAAAGAAGGUUGUGGAGAUGUCUACAAGGCUGAAUUGCCAGGAGGCAAUGGAAAGAUGAUUGCCAUAAAGAAGACUAUUCAGCCCUUAAAGGAAGCUACUGAGUUGAUUGAAGAAGAUAGCAAGCUUCUGAACAAGAAGAUGGGACAAAUUCGAUUAGCAAUUGCCAUAGUUGGGCAAAUUCGGCACAGAAAUCUUCUUCCUCUUCUGGUUCAUGUUGGUUGUCUUGCCAAGAUGAAUCCCUUGCCAAGCAGGAGCUUUGCCUGCUUAGCUCUGCAGUACUUGAUGAGAAGCCUCUAUUCCCUUUGCAUCCCUCGAAUGAUGGUCGCUACUCUUCAUCUCAGAGGACUGUUGUUUUGGGCAUCAAGAAAGGAUUCUCUGAUGCAAUGUAUGGGUUUUCAGAGGCUAACUAAGAAGUAUAUGUGAUGUUGUCACCUAGGCCAUCUUCAAAAUGGGGAUUGAAAGCAGGUUCUGUGCUUGAAAACCUAGUUUCUCAACCAACAAAAGCAAAAAGAGUUAGCAAUUCAAAAUGGUUCUUAAAGGAGAAUUUUCUGCUACAACAGCUUAUGCUCUCUACAAGAGUAUUCUUCGCUCGGAGACUAAUAGAUGUAAAUGGAUUUAGCGAUCAUUAACAACCCCAAAUAUCCAACACUUGCUAUGGCUUGAAUCCCACCAAAGACGUGAGUCCUUUGAUUUUUCAAACAGUUAAAUGUGUAUGUAUUGCUGACAUUAUAGGGAUUGAAUUUCCUGAAACUCAGUGAUGUAUAUUCCUUUUUGAAUUUUUUAACGUGUCUUUAAAGUACAUAUUAAACUUUAUUAAAUGCAUUUUUAAUUA